AUGGAUCACAUAGGAGCUCAUCACCUCCACCAGAACCACGCCGAGCCCAUCAGCUUUGGAAUCGACCAGAUCCUCAACAACCCGGACCAAGGCAGCUGCAUGAUCUCCGGCUCCCGGCUGCAAGACUCCUCCGACUACGGCUUGAGCUGCAUCGUCAGCAGCGCGUACAACAGCAUGACGGGCAGCUACGGGGCGAACGGCGGCUCGGCCGGGGCUUACCCGGGCGCCUGCAGCAUGGCUUCCCUGCCCGGCUCCUACAACGUCAACAUGGGGGUGGCCAUGAACGGGAACGGCCUGAGCUCGGCGGGGGGCGUGAUCCGGGUGCCGGCGCACAGGCCGCUGGCUGGCGGGGCGCACCAGCCCCUCUCCACCGGGAUGCCCACCGUGCCCUCGGUGAACCCCAUGAACAACCUCACGGGACUCACUUUCCCCUGGAUGGAGAGCAACAGGCGAUACACGAAAGACAGGUUCACAGGUCACCCCUACCAGAACCGGACGCCGCCCAAGAAGAAGAAACCCAGGACGUCUUUCACCCGGCUGCAGAUCUGCGAGCUGGAGAAGCGGUUCCACCGGCAGAAGUACCUGGCCUCUGCCGAGCGGGCCGCCCUGGCCAAGGCCCUCAAGAUGACAGAUGCCCAGGUGAAAACCUGGUUCCAGAACAGGCGGACAAAAUGGAGGCGACAAACUGCAGAGGAGAGGGAGGCCGAGAGACAGCAAGCCAACCGUAUCCUCAUGCAGCUCCAGCAGGAGGCCUUCCAGAAAAGCAUCAAUCAGCCCCUCCAGGCCGACCCCAUCUGUGUCCACAACUCUUCCCUCUUCGCCCUUCAGAACCUCCAGCCUUGGUCCGACGACUCAUCCAAGAUCACCAGCGUCACCUCCGUCGCCUCUGCUUGUGAAUAGAGCCCACGACCCAGUCGUCCCCCCCCCCCCCACUGCGUUACGAGCCACCCAAGCUCCAGCACAGCGCGAAGCAUCCUGCUUCCCAACAGGAAACUACCCUCCCACGCUGUCACCCAAGAGACCCACACUUCCAGAGUCAGCAAAUAUCCUCUUGGCGGGAAGAAGGGAAAAAAAGAGACCUUCCAAUCACCUGCGGGAUUAUUCAGAUAAAAGCGGCAUUUCCCUUUUGGUCUUUCGAAAGUCUCCAUUACCGGACAAUGAACAAAGAGGAGCUCCCUUAAUUAUUCCCAGAAAAUAAAAAAAUAUGUUAGCCCCAUGUCAUC